GGCAAAUACACGCACCGGUCAAGGCCGAAUUAAAUUUGUGUAAAUAUCAAUUUUGUGAAUGAUAAAUGGUUAAUUGCUUAUCAUUGCAUUCGUUAAUAUUGAGGCAUUGAUAAAAAAUGAAAAGACUGUCAAGGCCUUUGCCCUCCACGGAGGUUAUUGACGCUCAGAUCAUCAAGAAAGCGAGAAUGUUGGCCACAGACAGGCCCCACCCCAUCCAGGAGCUGCGACAAGUUGCCAAAGAGAUCAACCAUGACCUUGACACUCUGGAGUUUGCCCGGCAUAUGGACGCUAUCGACCCUCUGAGAGGCUUACGUGAAGACUUUCACUACCCAAAGAUGAAAACCUUAGAUGGAGUUGACCAGAGCUUGGUCAAUGCUGAAGAUGACUGUGUGUAUUUCUGUGGCAACUCCCUCGGUAUUUGUCCCAGGAAGACCCGAGAGUAUGUUAACAUCGAAGUGGACAAGUGGGAAAAACAAGCCCUAGAAGGUCACACUCGGGGGGCACUUCCCUGGGCCUGGUGUGAUGAAGGCCUGGAUGACCAGAUGUGUACACUUGUUGGAGGGAAGCCUGGAGAGGUUGGAAUCAUGAACGGACUCACAGUCAAUAUGCAUCUACUGCUGGUAUCGUUUUACAGACCGACGCCAGAGAGGUUCAAGAUCCUGUGUGAGGCACAUGCAUUCCCAUCAGAUCAUUAUGCCUUUGAAAGCCAGAUCAGACUAAAGGGAUACGACCCAGAGACAGCUCUCCUGUGUUUAAAACCAAGGGAGGGUGAGGAAAUGCUACAUCAUGAGGACAUUAUGGCCAUGAUUGAAAAACACGGAGACAGUAUCGCCCUUGUGUGUUUUAGCGGCGUACAAUAUUACACAGGCCAGAAAUUUAACAUGGCAGAAAUCACACGUCUUGGACAUGAAAAGGGUUGUGUGGUGGGCUGGGACCUUGCGCACGCCGCUGGCAACGUGGAGUUGUCUCUGCACGACUGGGACGUAGACUUUGCUGCUUGGUGUACAUAUAAGUACAUGAACAGCGGGGCUGGCUGUCUAUCUGGAUUGUUUGUACAUGAACGCCACUUUAACCAUGACUACCCUCGCCUGACUGGCUGGUGGGGUCACAAACUAGACACGCGAUUCAACAUGGAUAACAAGUUUGACCCAUAUCCAGGCGCCCGUGGCUACCGUCUCAGUAACACCCCGGGCAUGCUCUGUCCUUCAAUCAAAGCCAGUCUAGAGAUAUUUCAGAAAACAUCCAUGAAGGAUAUUGUCGCCAAGAGUCGACUGUUGACUGGAUAUUUAGAGGCGAGAAUUAUCACUCAGUAUGGAUACCCAAGCAACAAGAAAGAAUUUGAGAAAAAACUGAAUGGCCAAAGUGAUGGUGGCUUACAGAAUGUCAUUCAAAAUGGUGGUAAGGAAAAAGUAAGUGAUAGGAACGGGGCUGACGAUGAUCACAAGAAGCACGUGUAUGUGGAUAUUUUCACCCCGUCAGACCCUGAUCAGAGGGGGGCUCAACUCUCGCUGUCGUUCAACAUCAAUAUCACCCAGGUGUUUAAGGAGUUGAUGAAACGAGGGGUUGUGUGUGAUGAACGGAAACCAAGCGUGAUUCGUGUAGCCCCUGCCCCCCUCUACUGCUCAUUUGAGGACGUCCACAGAUUUAUGCAGCUUCUUGAUGAUUCCUUGCAUGCGGCCCACGAGCUUGAAUGAGGCCCUGAUAUAGAAUAAUAAACAUUUUUAGAUUUUUUAUUUUUUAUAAACUGUUUGAUUGUUGUUAUGGUUUUGGUGCUGUUCAUGGAUGAGGGGUUGACAAUGUUAUGCAAAGCCUUAGGGCAUAUUUCAAAAGCAAUUACUGGUAUUUACGUGAAAUUUGUACAAAUAUUUUCAGCACAGUUAUGCCAUUGUGUAAGAAGGCUCGAGCAGGGUGUUUUGCGGAAACUCAGUAAACAUCUUUUUCACAAAACACCCUACGCUCGGGUCAGAAUGAACCUAUCUUACACUUUCUGCCAUGGAAGAUACUUAUAGUAUAGCGCAGAAUGAAUGUAAAAGUUAUACUAAAAAGAAUUCACAAAAAAGUUUUGUUGGUUGUGAAAGGAUGCAACAUAGACCAGCUCACAUCUGUCGGAUUUUAAAUGAAUUAAAGCAUUAUCAAGUAUUUUCUGUCAUUUAUUUUACAUAUUAAUGAUUAGCAGGUAAUACCCUUUCAAAAGAAACAAUUAUUUUAUUGGAUCACCUGUCAUCAAAAUUUAACAUUAUCAACAAUGGCUCGAUAAAAUAACAAGCUUAAUUGUGCAUAUUAAGGUACUUGUAUUGGAUAAAUUGUAAAUAGAUAAAAUAAUCAAAAUGUCCUUAACAGGGCAGGGAUAAAUAUUUGUCAUGAAAGGUGGGCUGGUAUUCAGUAUUGGUCUUAAUUGGAUCUAAGAACGAUGGAGCUAAUUGGAUUACUUGUUAUUAAUAACUGACCAAUAGUGUGAAUGAAAUCAUUGAUGUAUGACCAUCAGAUUAAUUUAAGUCCCAUAUUGAAGACCAUCCCAGGGAAUGGAUUGAAUUUCAGGGGAAUAUUGUUUAAGGAACGCUUUCAUAUGUAAAUGCUUCAAGUUGGUGUAAAUUUUAAUUUUGUUUGUAAUGCAAAAGAACUACCUGUAACAUUUUUGCUGAAAUUAAUUAUAAUGCUUUUCAAAGAAAUAUCUUUUUGUUGUUGUUUGAUCUUAAUUCAAAUCAAUUAAUAAAUUGUUAUUGGCACUAUUUUGUCAAACUCUAAAAUUAAAUUUUAUCUACAUCAAAUCUGCCUUUACUACUUACAUGGUGCUUGCAGUACAUAUAAAUACUGUUACUUUUAACAUGCUGUUUAUAUUGCAUUUAUAACUAGUCUAACCAAGUGUUUGUUUGUUUGUCCAGAGCUUUUCUUUGUAUAUCUGUGUUGGAGCAUUAAAAUGUGAAUGCCAGAAGGAGUCAUGUGACAUUAAACUAUAGAAGGGUUUGCUACCUUCUGUCAUCAAGGUGACGGAUGAUCUGAAGGUCAUUAUUUGAAAGGAUGGACAGCUGGCAUCAGGCAGGUUUUCAUGGUAACCAAGACAACAGCCAAGAUGGCCACAGUUUUCAGAUCCAAUGACUUGUCAUUAUUACUAUAUUUAUAUUAACUAUUUAGCAAAAAUAUGUAUUGACUUUAAUAUUUGUAGUAUGUUGUGCACAAUUGUCAGCUUUCUAACAACCGCCCAUUAAGGUCACCAUAGGUCAAGGUCAUGUCAAGGUCAACAUAGUGUACCCAGUAAACUUUGUCAUUUAUUAUGCCCCCCCUUCAAAGAAGAAGGGUAUAUUGCUUUGCACAGGUCUGUCGGUCACUCCGUCGGUCUGUCGGUAGACCAAAGCUUGUCAACAAUUCCUGGACGUAUGGUCAUCAAACUUGAAAUAGAUGUCGGGCCUGACCAGUAGAUGACCCCUAUUGUUUUUGGGGCUCAUUGGGUCAAAGGUCAAGGUCACAGUGACCUUGAAUGGUAACAGGUUGUCUGAGUGAUAACUCAACAAUGCCUGCACCCAUGGCCCACAUAAUUGACUUCAAGGUUGGGCCUGACCAGUAGAUGACACCCUAUUGUUUUUGGGGGUCAUUGGGCCAAAGGUCAAGGUCACAGUGACCUUGAAUGGUAAAAGGUUGUCGAGUGAUAACUUGACAAUGCCUGCAGCCAUGACCUUCAAACUUGAAUUGGAGGUUGGGCUUGACGAGUAGAUGACCCCUACUGAUUUUAGGGGUCAAAGGUCAAGGUCACAGUGACCUUGAAAGCAAACUCGACAAUUCCGUAACCUAUGGUCAAACUUGACAUGAAGGUUGGGCCUGACCAGUAGAUGACCCUUCUUGACUUUGGGGGCAUCGGGCCAUGGUCAAGGUCACAGUAACCUUUAACAAAACCUCUCCCAGUGAUAUCUCAACAAUGCCUGAACCUAUGAUCAUCAAUCUUGACAUGGAAGUUGGGCUUGACCAGUAGAUGACCCUUAUUGAUUUAAGGAGUCAUUGGGUCAAAGGUCAAGUUCGCAGUGACCUUGAAUGCGAAAAUGUUUAGUGAUAAUUCGACAAUGCCUGCACCCAUGGCCCUCAAACUUGACUUAGAGUUGUGUCUGACAUGUAGAUGACCCCCCCCAUGAUUUUAGGGGUCAUAAGGUCAAAGGUCAAGGUUACAGAGACCUUGAACGAAAAAAGUUUUUUCUGUGACAAGCUGAUGACUCCUAUGCAUUUUGAGAUCAUAGAGUGGUCAUAACACACUCUUAUCUUCAAACUUUGAAUAGUCAUAAUCUUAAAACUGCCUCAACGGCAUCCAAUGUCAGUGACAAAUCAGCUGUCAUUUCGGUCCAUGCAUAUUUUAUUCAAUUGUCCAUAUAAUCCUAACAACAUGGCGCUCAGGGGGGGGGGGGGGCAUAAUGUUUGACAAACAUCUCUUGUUUAGCUAUGCUUUAACAAAUUGCUUAUUAUGAAAUAAUGUUUAACUGAUAAGACCUCCCUGCAUGAAGAAUUCAUUUUCUUUACAUGAUUUAUAUAUGUAUCUUUUUCCUAUAUAUUGAGUUCAUAAAUGUUUUCUUUUUUUCUUCUUUUUUUUUUAAAUUUGAAAAAAAAUCCUACGCAUUUAGAACCCCGUUGGCUCGAACUCCCAGGGACCGACGAAAAUACCUCGAGCCUCGGAAAAAUCGAGCCAAGCGGGAAUGCUUAACAUCAGUAUAAAUAAGUCCGUCCUUUACAUCUAGUUCGAGCCAAUGAGGUAUUCGAGCCAAGCGAGUUCAAGGCAACGGGGUUCGACUGUAAUUAAACAAGUACAUGAGAACUAAAAAUAUUCUGCUCGUGGCUUUACUGAAUUGAUCAUACAUGUUUAUUCUGUAUAUUUGUGAAAUGAAUUAAAUUAUCAUUCUUAAGCAUUCAUAAAUAUGGAGUUCAUGUAUGCAAUAAAAAGGAUUAUAUUUUAAAUGAACUAAACAUGUUAUUUCUUAGCUUAUUUUAAUGAAACAUAUAGAAAAAUGUUUGGUUCUGGUCAUUUGUUGAGUUUAUAAAUACAAUUAUUAUUAUUAUCAAUAUUAUAUUUUAGAUAAUUAUAUAAAAAUAAAUCUUUAAGAUUCCGGGGUUUCGUCUUUCGAACUGUUAACCUACAUGUAAUUAUACCUGCACCAAGAAACUAGAAUACAGAGGAACCCCGUUGGCUCGAACUGCAAGGGAGAGGCGAAAAUACCUCGAGCCUCAGAAAAUUCGAGCAAAGCGGAAUUGUUUACCUUCAGUAUAAAGAAUCGGUCAUUUACAUCUAGUUUGAGCCAACGAGGAAUUCAAGCCAAACGAGUUCGAACCAACGGGGUUCGACUGUAUAUAAAAAAAGAUUCAAGCCAUUCCAUUUUAGCAAAAGUUACAGAACGAUUAGUCGACGCAGGUCUGCGUCCGGCCACGCCGUUUUAAAAUCCAAAAAUAAACACGAACCUUUACUUUGAAUCGAUUGUUGAUAUCAGUCAUCUUUGUCAUCUUAUGAGAAUCGAUUGAACGAAUAUUGUAACAU